CAGUUACAGCCGUUUCCCACUAAUGGAGGAAAACCCUCUCUAUAAAUUGGAGGGUAACCCUUCCCCAUCUCCAACUCGCCGCUAUAACUCAAGCUCUGCAAUCUCCAUCACUACUUCUCUCACUUCUCAGAAGCUCCUCCAAGCCCACACAGCUCUUCAGAUCAAUUUCUCCAUUUUCUUCCUCUUAAUCCAGCACCAAUGGCCCAAGUAAGCUUCACAAAGGCAGCUGCCCUCUCCGUGUUCCUGCUGGUCGCAUCCAUGGCCGCCAUUGUCUCCGCCCAGGAAAUGGCCCCUGCUCCAUCGCCGUCGCUGCUGGUGGCGUCUCUGUUCGCCAUUGUCUCCGGCCAGGAAAUGGCCCCUGCUCCGUCGCCGCCGCUGGUCACCGGAGCUGGGUUCUCUGUUCCUGUCUCCGGCGCCGUCGCUGCCGCCUCUUUGGCCGUGACUCUUAUGGGUUUGUUGAAGUUGUAG